UUUCUCCUUCAGCUGCAUCUGCAAAGGACCCCUCGCUCGUCACCAUGGUGCACUGGACAGCCGAAGAGAAGCAGCUCAUUACCAGCCUGUGGGGCAAGGUCAACGUGGAGGAAUGCGGCGGCGAAGCCCUGGCCAGGCUGCUGAUCGUCUACCCCUGGACCCAGAGGUUUUUCUCUACCUUCGGGAACCUCUCCAGCCCCACCGCCAUUAUGGGCAACCCCAAGGUCCGUGCCCACGGCAAGAAGGUGCUGACCUCCUUUGGGGACGCUGUGAAGAACCUGGACAACAUCAAGGCCACGUACGCCAAGCUGAGCGAGCUGCACUGCAACAAGCUGCAUGUAGAUCCCGAGAACUUCCGGCUCCUGGGUGACAUCCUCCUCAUCGUCCUGGCCACCCGCUUUGCGAAGGAGUUCACCCCUGCCUGCCAGGCUGCCUGGCAGAAGCUGGCCAGCGUGGUGGCCCACGCACUGGCCCACCAGUACCACUGAGCCCUCGGCAGGGACCUGCAGGAUGGAGAGAGCUUGCUUCGUUCCAGGCCCCUCCACACCCUGGAGGCUGGCAGGCUGUAACAGUCAAAUAAAAGCCUUGCACUGCAGCCUU